AUGGCAGAAGGAGACCCGUCAUACAUAGACUAUGAGGCCUUCCUUGACCCAGAUUUCUCUCCGUCAUCUUUUGCCAAUACAUUGGUGACAAGUACAAACAAUGCAACGGAUACCCCAUUGGAUUUAUCCACCCCAUUGUCACGGGUACUCUUUGAUCUUCAGGAGAUCGAUACACACAUCCAUGCACUGACGACAAAAUCAGCACUCCCGUUACUGUCGCACACCCAGAAUCAGACAGCUGCUGCUGAUCAUAUCUUAAAAGAGUCCGGUACGCAGGUUGCAGCUGUGACCCAAGGGUACGAGCGUCUCCAAAAGGAAGUGGUGCAAAAGUGGGAAGCGGCUGAUGAAGCUCGUGUUGCUGCCGAAAACUCGCUUGCAACAGUUCGGCUGGCAAGGGCUGUUUCCCGAUGCCUAACUCUAGGUAAGCAACUGGAAAGCCAGGUUGCCGAGAUCACAGGUCGGAGCGCAACAGGGGCAGCCACCUCAGUAGGAGUGGAUGGGGCAUCACCGUCGGCUGGGAGAGAUGGUUUCCGCGCAUUGGAGCGAGCUGCUUACACAAUCCUAAGUUUGCGUGAAAUGUUCUCGGCCGCGGCAGAGGACGAAGAAGGCUAUGGGUUGGAUCGGGUGAAGGUGAUUCGCACUCUACGUGGAGAAUUUGUCAUUCCCACCGAAAAUAUGAUCAAAUCGAGAGCGCAGCAGACCAUCAAUCGGUUUUCACUCUCCUCAAACUCAGCAAAUUCAUCCAAUGGCCAGUCAUCUACAUCAUCUGGUUAUAAGCAAGCUCGCGAUGCGCGAGCCCGAUUGGCAACGGCUGCCACUACUCUAUAUCUCCUUUCACCUGAACCAAAAUCAUCAACAACCGCUGUCGACUACAAGCCCGAGCUCCUAUUAUCGACAUUGCAAGGAUAUAUGCACACCGCAAUCAUGACGUCUGUGAAUUCCCUUGCCCGGGCUCUCUCUCAGCUCCCAUCCAUGGACCGAACCCUUGCCGAUAUCUCCACAAGAUGCCAAGACAUUGUUGCUCUUGAGGCAAGCCUCAAAACUCUCCGCCCCCCGCCACAUCCUCUCUUAGCAUCUACCCCGACUGCCGAAACCCAAGCAGCAGCCUCAACCAACUCGAAUCUCCUGCAACCUCUUCUCCAUGCUCUUGACACAUCAUCCCUUCCUUCAUACUAUUGGCGCUCCCUUGCAUCGUCUCUCACUUCUCGUGUUCAAGAAAUUGUCAACCGAGGAGGUGUGUCUGCGCGCACGCUGCGAUCCAACCGAGAUCGGCUGAGGAUUGAAAUCAAAGAGUGCGUGCUUCGUGCGUCAAGAGUUUCUGCCACAAGUCUAUUGGCUGAGAAAGGCCGAUCAGGAACUGACACGGUUAUUGUCGGCAACUGGGAGCGAGAAGCUGCCGUGAUGGUGAGCUCUGUCGUUGGGCCGCUAGGACGUUAG